AUGAAGAAUUUGUUGAUGAGAUUUCAAACUACCAAAGAGCUAGAUGGAUAUCCCCACCUGAAGCUAUGUGGAGGAUAUUUAGUUUUUGAUUUAUUUGAUAUAUCUCCUACAGUAAUAUCUUUACAGUUACAUAUUAAAGAUGCUCAAAUGGUUAUAUACAAGGAGACAGAUGAUUUAUCAAAGGUUAUAAAUAAAGAUUUUGUUCACCGAACAAUGUUAACAAAAUUUUUUACAAUGAAUAUUUCAAAUGAAAAGGCAAAAACUCUACUAGGGCCAAAAUCUUUUGAAGAUUUAAAAACAGUCAAUGGUAUUGUUUUAUCUACUUAUUGUGAAGCAGUACUUUCUCAUGGUCUUCUUAGUGGAGAUAACUAUUCUGAGAUGUGUUUAUCUGAGGCAGUUGCUUACCAAAUGUCUGUAUCACUGCGACGGCUAUUUGCCAAUGUAUUGAGUUUAUCUUGCCCUACAAAUCCAAGAAAUUUAUGGGAUAAAUUUAAGAAUUUUAUGAUAGAAGAUUAUUUACAUAAAGGUUUCACACAACAAAGUGCUGAAAUGAAAGCUUUACAUUGUAUAAAUUUUUUCUUAGAAGGUGUUGGUAAUAAUAUAAUUGAUUUUUGCUUGGUAGAUUUUGAUUUAACUAAGAAUGAUGAUAAUAUCUUUGAAACCAUGAUUGCCGAAGAAACAACUAAUAUUAAUUUUCAGUCAGACAUACAUUAUAGUGAAAGUUUAAAUAAAGAGCAACAAAAUGCCUAUAAUAUUAUUUUGGAUUUUAUUUUAAAUGAUAAGAACGAAAUGUUUUUUAUUGAUGGUCCGGGAGGCACUGGAAAAAUAUAUUUGUACAAGGCAUUACUUUUUGGUGUACGAUCUCGAAAUCUUAUCGCACUAGCAACGACAUCAUCAAGUGUGGCUACAUCUCUAUUACCAGCUGGUAGAACACGACAUUGA